CGUGCCUAUUCCUCUCGAGUGCUGUGCCCACGCUCCUCCCGCCGCCUUCCAUCGCCGGGGAAUACAGGAACAGGUUUCUUAUCGCCUCACCCCUGGCAGACAAGUGGGACUCUCUUGAACUCCAGGCUGUCCUUGGUCGGGCCCGGCCCUUGGUCGUCGUCACGCUGCCUAUCAUCUCGACGGAUCUUCUUGUCCUCCAUAUCGGUCCGUCUAGUUAUCUCGCCCAUCAGCUAUCGCCCAUCAUCUCCCGCUGCCCCCGUGCCUUAUCCGAUCCUGGAACUGGCGGGCUCCUCUCCCAUGCAUUGAUAAUAACCCGGCUAGCCCGCUGCACACGCGCACUUUAGCUCACGCACUGCAACCCCCAAUGGCCUUGGCCUCCUCUUGUUCUUUGCCAGCCUUGGAACUGCGGUAGCACCACAGCAGGAACAGCCGCAGCCGCAGACGACAUAACCCGCGGGUGUCAGUUUACCAUACAUACCCACCUCACCGGUGUCUGUUCCUGUCCCUGCUUCUGCUUCUGCUUCUGCUCCUGCUCCUGCCCCUGUCUCCGCCUGUGCUUCGACCCAAGACAGCAGGAUACAUACCGCCAGCAUGAGCAGACCUCCGACCUCAACAUCCGCGUCCAGUGCCCGGCGGCACUCGGCCGUCAGCCAUGGAGGCGGCGCGGCAGACGACGACCUCGCCCGCAUGGGCUACAAGGCCGAGCUGCCCCGCUCGCUGUCCAUGCUGUCGGUGUUGGGCCUCAGCUUCGCCAUCAUGGCCGUGCCGUACGGCCUGUCAACCACCUUCCUGUACUCGCUCGCCAACGGCCAGUCCGUCACCGUGCUGUGGGGCUGGGUCAUGCUGUCGCUCAUCAGCAUCUGCAUCGCCGCAUCCUUGGCCGAGAUCUGCAGUGUCUUCCCGACUGCCGGAGGCGUAUACUAUUGGGCCGCCCUGCUGUCAACUCCCGAAUGGGCUCCCAUAGCGUCGUGGAUCACCGGCUGGCUCACGCUCGUCGGAAACUGGACUGUCACUCUAUCCAUCAACUUUGGCGGUGCGCAGCUCAUCCUCAGCUGCAUCACCCUCUGGCGUGAGGACUUCGUGGCCACCCCUUGGCAGACGGUCCUCAUGUUCUGGGCCGUCAUGCUGGUCACCUACCUCGUCAACGUCUUCGGCAGCCGGUACCUCGACCAGAUCAACACCAUGUGCAUUUGGUGGACCGGCGCCUCCGUCAUCAUCAUCCUCGUCGUGCUGCUGGCCAUGGCCCGCGGCGGCCGGCGCAGCGGCGAGUUCGUCUUUGCACACUUCGACGCCUCCGGUUCCGGCUGGGCCCCCGGCUGGUCCUUCUUUGUCGGCCUGCUGCAGCCCGCCUACGUGCUCACCGGCUACGGUAUGGUGGCGGCCAUGUGUGAGGAGGUCCAGUCCCCCGAGCGCGAGGUCCCCAAGGCCAUAGUGCUCUCGGUCGUCGCCGCGGGCAUCACCGGCCUCUUGUACCUCAUCCCCGUGCUGUUCGUCCUGCCCGACGUCCAGGAGCUUCUUGUCGUCGCCAAUGGCCAACCCAUCGGUGUCAUCUUCAAGACCGCGACCGGCAGCGCCGGCGGUGGCUUUGGGCUUCUCUUUCUCAUCCUCGGCAUCUGGCUGUUCGCCGGCAUCGGAGCCCUGACUGCCUCGAGCAGGUGCACGUAUGCCUUUGCGCGGGACGGCGCCAUCCCCGGCUCCGGCUUGUGGAGCCGCGUCGACAAGCGAUUCGAUAUCCCGCUGUGGGGCCUGACGCUCUCGUUCCUCGUCGACUGCCUCCUGGGCCUGAUCUACUUCGGAUCCGCGGCAGCCUUCAACAGUUUCACCGGCGUGGCCACCAUCUGUCUCUGUGCUUCCUACGCGCUGCCUAUCCUUGUGUCGGUCGUGAGGGGCCGCAAGGCCGUCGCAUAUGCAUCUUAUUCGCUUGGCAAGCUCGGAUUUGUGAUCAACAUCAUCACGCUCUGCUGGGUGGCGCUGUCUAUAGUCAUCUUCUGCAUGCCUUCCGUGCUCACGGACCUCACGGCCUCCUCGAUGAACUACGCUAGUGUUGUGUUUGCCGGGUUUGCGGCUAUCAGCAUGGUGUGGUACUUCGUGUGGGGCAGGAAGCAUUUCGCUGGCCCGCCUAUCCUGAAGUCCGAGCUGGCUGGUAACGGUGUUGGCGUUGUCGUACACGGUCACGAUGUUGAAACGGCCACUAAGGCCGAGCAUGGUAAAUUGGAUGAGGCUGACAAGUCCACGUAGAUUCAAUUUGGCCACCUCGAGGUUGGAUGCAUAACAUAGUUAUCAAUAUACGCUUUUA